CGUCGCGGCCUCCGCCGCCGCCAACGGGGCUGUCCCUAUAGCUCCCGAUGGAGUUGGAGGUCGUGAAGCCGCCGCCGAGCUCUGCCCCGGCGAGACGAGGCGCCUCCGUCGCCAAGCCGCGCCGUCGCGGGGCUCCCGGGAGCGGCCCUUAGCGACCCCGCCCGGGCCCCCACAGCUCACAAAACACUACACAGCAAAAUAAUGAUCUGCUAGACUGCUAACCCGAGCAUCCAGCUUCCACAAUGCCUGUGCAGGCAGCUCAAUGGACAGAAUUUCUGUCCUGUCCAAUCUGCUAUAAUGAAUUUGAUGAGAAUGUGCACAAACCCAUCAGUUUAGGUUGUUCACACACUGUUUGCAAGACCUGCUUGAAUAAACUUCACCGAAAAGCUUGUCCUUUUGACCAGACUGCCAUCAACACAGACAUUGAUGUGCUUCCUGUCAACUUCGCACUUCUCCAGUUAGUUGGAGCCCAGGUACCAGAUCAUCAGUCAAUAAAGUUAAGUAAUCUAGGUGAGAACAAACACUAUGAGGUUGCAAAGAAAUGUGUUGAGGAUUUGGCACUCUAUUUAAAACCACUAAGUGGAGGUAAAGGUGUAGCUAGUUUGAACCAGAGUGCACUGAGCCGCCCGAUGCAAAGGAAACUGGUGACACUUGUAAACUGUCAACUGGUGGAGGAGGAAGGUCGUGUAAGAGCCAUGCGAGCAGCCCGUUCACUUGGAGAAAGAACUGUAACGGAACUAAUAUUACAGCACCAGAAUCCCCAGCAAUUAUCUGCCAACCUAUGGGCUGCUGUCAGGGCUCGAGGAUGCCAGUUUCUGGGGCCAGCUAUGCAAGAGGAGGCCUUGAAGCUGGUGCUGCUAGCGUUAGAAGAUGGUUCUGCUCUCUCAAGGAAAGUACUGGUACUUUUUGUUGUUCAAAGACUAGAACCAAGAUUUCCUCAGGCAUCAAAAACAAGUAUUGGUCAUGUUGUGCAACUACUGUACCGAGCUUCAUGUUUUAAGGUUACCAAAAGGGAUGAAGACUCUUCCCUGAUGCAGCUAAAGGAGGAAUUUCGGAGUUACGAAGCAUUACGUAGAGAACACGAUGCCCAAAUUGUUCAUAUUGCUAUGGAAGCAGGACUCCGCAUUUCUCCUGAGCAGUGGUCCUCACUUUUGUAUGGUGACUUGGCACAUAAAUCACACAUGCAAUCUAUCAUUGAUAAGCUGCAGUCUCCAGAAUCAUUUGCAAAGAGUGUCCAGGAAUUGACAAUUGUUUUGCAACGAACAGGUGAUCCAGCUAACUUAAAUAGACUGAGGCCUCAUUUAGAGCUUCUUGCAAACAUAGACCCUAAUCCAGAUGCUGUUUCACCAACUUGGGAGCAGCUAGAAAAUGCAAUGGUAGCUGUUAAAACAGUGGUUCAUGGCCUUGUGGACUUCAUACAAAAUUAUAGUAGAAAAGGCCAUGAGACACCUCAGCCCCAGCCAAACAGCAAGUACAAAACGAGCAUGUGUCGAGAUCUGCGUCAGCAAGGAGGCUGUCCCCGAGGAACAAAUUGUACUUUUGCCCACUCUCAGGAAGAGCUUGAAAAGUAUCGAUUAAGGAACAAAAAGAUCAAUGCAACUGUAAGAACAUUUCCUCUUCUAAAUAAAGUUGGUGUAAACAACACUGUCACAACCACAGCCGGAAAUGUCAUUUCUGUCAUAGGAAGUACUGAAACAACGGGGAAAAUUGUUCCAAGUACAAAUGGAAUUUCAAAUGCAGAGAACAGUGUUUCCCAGCUAAUCCCACGUAGUACUGACAGUACAUUAAGAGCUCUGGAGACUGUGAAGAAAGUGGGGAAGGUUGGCACCAAUGGUCAGAGUGCUCCGGGGCCUUCUGCGGAGUCUGUAACUGAAAAUAAAAUUGGCUCUCCACCCAAGACUCCUGUAAGUAAUGUAGCGGCUACCUCAGCUGGGCCUUCUAAUGUUGGAACAGAACUGAAUUCUGUGCCUCCAAAAUCCAGCCCAUUUAUAACUAGAGUACCAGUAUAUCCUCAGCAUUCUGAAAACAUUCAGUAUUUUCAAGAUCCAAGGACUCAGAUACCCUUUGAAGUCCCACAGUACCCCCAGACAGGAUACUACCCACCACCUCCAACGGUGCCAGCUGGUGUGGCUCCCUGUGUUCCUCGCUUUGUGAGAUCCAAUAAUGUUCCAGAGUCCUCCCUCCCACCUGCUUCUAUGCCAUAUGCCGAUCAUUACAGUACAUUUUCCCCUCGAGAUCGAAUGAACUCUUCUCCUUACCAGCCUCCUCCUCCGCAGCCGUACGGACCAGUUCCGCCGGUACCUUCUGGAAUGUAUGCUCCUGUGUACGACAGCAGGCGCAUCUGGCGCCCACCUAUGUACCAACGAGAUGACAUUAUUAGAAGUAAUUCUUUACCUCCAAUGGAUGUGAUGCACUCGUCUGUUUAUCAGACGUCUUUGCGGGAAAGAUAUAACUCAUUAGAUGGGUACUAUUCAGUGGCUUGUCAGCCACCCAGUGAGCCAAGGACAAGUGUGCCUUUACCAAGGGAACCUUGUGGUCAUUUGAAGACCAGUUGCGAGGAGCAGAUAAGAAGAAAGCCAGAGCAGUGGGCACAGUACCACACUCAGAAAGCACCUCUUGUCUCUUCAGCUCUUCCUGUGGCAACACAGUCACCAACACCACCUUCUCCUCUAUUCAGUGUAGACUUUCGCACUGAUUUCUCUGAAAGCGUGAGUGGUACAAAGUUUGAAGAAGAUCAUCUUUCUCAUUAUUCUCCCUGGUCUUGUGGCACCAUAGGCUCCUGUAUAAACGCCAUCGAUUCAGAGCCCAGAGAUGUAAUUGCUAAUUCAAAUGCUGUAUUAAUGGACCUGGACAGUGGCGAUGUUAAGAGAAGAGUGCAUUUAUUUGAAACUCAGAGAAGGACAAAAGAAGAAGACCCAAUAAUUCCAUUUAGUGAUGGACCUAUUAUCUCAAAAUGGGGUGCAAUUUCCAGAUCUUCACGUACAGGUUACCAUACCACGGAUCCUGUCCAGGCCACUGCUUCCCAAGGAAGUGCCACUAAGCCCAUCAGCGUAUCAGAUUAUGUUCCUUAUGUCAAUGCUGUUGAUUCAAGGUGGAGUUCGUACGGUAACGAGGCCACGUCAUCAGCACACUAUAUUGAACGGGACAGAUUCAUUGUUACUGAUUUAUCUGGUCAUCGAAAGCAUUCCAGUACUGGAGACCUUUUGAGCAUUGAACUUCAGCAGGCCAAGAGUAACUCUUUGCUUCUUCAGAGGGAAGCCAAUGCUCUGGCCAUGCAGCAGAAGUGGAAUUCCCUGGAUGAAGGCCGCCACCUUACCUUAAAUCUUCUAAGCAAGGAAAUUGAACUGAGAAAUGGAGAGAGUGAUUAUACAGAAGAUGCAAGCGAUACUAAGCCUGAUAGGGAUAUUGAGUUAGAGCUUUCGGCACUUGAUACUGAUGAACCUGAUGGACAAGGUGAACAAAUUGAAGAGAUCCUGGACAUACAGCUGGGUAUGUCUCAAAAUGAUCAGUUGCUGAAUGGAACCGCAGUGGAAAAUGGGCAUCCAGUCCAACAGCACCAAAAGGAGCCAGUGGAACAGAAGAGACAGAGUUUAGGUGAAGACCAUGUGAUUCUGGAGGAGCAAAAAACAAUUCUGCCGGUGACUUCUUGCUUUAGCCAGCCACUCCCAGUGUCCAUUAGCAAUGCAAGUUGCCUCCCCGUCACCACGUCUGUCAGUGUUGGCAACCUCAUUCUGAAAACUCAUGUUAUGUCUGAAGAUAAAAACGACUUUUUAAAACCUGUUGCAAAUGGGAAGAUGGUUAACAGCUGAAAGGAGGUUCAUCUUUCAAAUUUGUGACCAUACCAUGGAAGCAUUUACACUAGCUUUUUAUAUAUAUAAUAUAUAUUAUAUAAUGUAUAUUUUUUUUAAAAAAAGAAUAUUACUGGGGGCAUCCAUUUCCUGUGGACUCUUUGAUACUUCAAGCCCUCUUGCAUUAGCAUUAUGAAAAAAAAAGAAAAUUUACUUUACUAGGGUAACACGUUCACUUUCCAGAGGUGAUUGGAAUUUGGACAUUUAACUUAAGCUUCAAGCAGCUUUUUAUGAGUUUGUAGCAAUCCGGUGCAGUAACUGAGCCAUUUCCUAUUUUAAAUGGCUUCUAUAGAAAAUUAACAACUCAGUUAUUAAACUAGCAGGAUCCUACAAUGAUACAUCUAGUGAAAGUAGACUUAAUUAACUUAUUUAUUUCUAUUUUAUGUUUUGCUGAGAGAAAUUUCCAUCUCAUUCCAGCUGCUUUAUUUAUCUUUUUCAUGGGACUUUGCAUGGAUUUUUUUCUUUUUCCUUCUUUCCUCCUUUAUUUUUUCUUUACUUUUUUUUUUUUUUUAAUUUGAAGAGUGGAGUUAGAUGUUCUUACCAUAGAAUUUUACAGGGUUAUAUACUAGCUUUCUUUACUGCAUUAUAUGUAGGACUGUGGUGCAGUGCUUUUAUCUGUAGCAUUGAAAUUUUUUUUUAAUUUUCCAUUUUUCAAGACUAGUUUCUGCUUUGUUAAUAUUUAUACACAGGCUACUUGUUGAAGUAAGUAAUUAAAUAUAUAACCAAGUGCCUAAGUCUUUCAGCUGAUGUACUAGAUAUUAAAUUCUCCUAAGUUAUGCAGAAUCGUUUUUACAAUUUUGAUAAAUUAUGCACUAAUGUAAUGGCAGUUUUUUAAAAUGCAGAUUUAAGCCUGUACAUUAUUGAAUCUGAUGACUUGGCAAAAGAAUCAGGUGCUUUCAGCUUUCUUGAGAAAACCCUGUAUGUAGCGUUUGCACUGACUAACAAGAUGGUAUUGCUGGGUUUUUUUAAUUUAAACUAAUUAAUUUGGAUGUUCAUUGCAAUAUCUUGGUUAAGUAUUGUUUAUUGUUAUUUCACGUUGGGUUUAAUUUUCCUUGUUUUCUGACCAUUAGGUUGAUAAGACUAUGAACCAUGUAAUAAUCGAACAUCGGCUAACCUUUAUUCGUACUUAAAAACACGAGUAACUUCUGCCCUGCUAAAUGUGACUGAAAGGUGUUUGGACCUGGCAUCUGGAAGCAUGCAGUAUGUUCAACCAGCCAUGCCCCAGAUUUGGGGGAGGUAUUUUUUGAAACCCAAACUUCAGUCGACAUUUGGAAACAAAAGCUGGGCAUUGCUUCCUGGUGAUCUCACCUAUAGUUUGUCUUUGUUUCUCCCCAGUUUCUUUAAGAUUAGUUUGACUUUUAUUAUUAUUUUUUUAAUUAACUUCUGUGAAGUUGUUUACUCUGAAAAUUGUACUGGAAUAUUUUAAGCCAAGCUGAUCUUUCACCAGGUGUACUGUAUGUAAGGGCUUUUCCUGCUAGCAAGAUGCUUAAACAGGAUCAUGUUAUUGGUCGUCUGAGCUAUUUAGUUGUUUUACAAAACCACAGCAUUGUAUCAGAUAAGAUUUUGAUAAAAAGUUUUGUGCACAUUUCCAGGGGCGGGAGGGUUGACAUUUCCCUGAAAUUUCUUCAUCAGAAUGAGUAAAUACUGGUGUUUGAUACCUGUCUUAAUGAACAUGCUCAUAAGGUGACUGAUAAGUUGUAAAUAUACCUGAGAAACAAAGGGGUAGUUUUGAUAUUCUGGUGUCAGUAUGGAAGAUCUUACACAUUUAUUUAACAUUCAGAUGUGUGAAGAUGUUUGUUUGUAGCAUAACAGCACAGUAGCCUUGACUUCAGUUCCUUCGGUUAGUACUGUACCUUUUUGCCAUGGCCAGUGCUCCCUAUCCCUACAAAGACCUUUUAUUUAUUUCGCUGUGUAACCUGAAAUGAAUAGGAACAAGAGUUUUAAACCAUGUUACAUUAACUUAUUUCUGACUUUAUAAAUUAGCCUAGGAUAUUACAGGAACAUGAUUGUUAUAUAAUUUAUAUCAGAACCCUUCUAUAAAUAUGUGCUUAUUACAUUAAAAUGCUUCCAAUGUACUUUAUUUGCUGUUUGUAUUUCCAAAAGGGAUAUGCAAACCAGUAUGUCUAUUUCAUGGAUAUUUAAAUAGUGAGAUCUUCCAUGUUGAAGGUAAUGUAUUUUUUUUUAAGAUUUUAAAAUUGCUAUUUUGUUACAAAAUAGAGACCUAUUAAAGUUGGAGAGCUCCUUAUGUGCCCUCAGGGAAAGAACCCUCUGUGCGGCAGAGCUGCGCACAACAUCUUCAGCACGCUCUGAGGUGAGUGAAGAGUGUUGAUGGGAUCACUUACUGUAACUCCUUCAUGAGAACCCCUUCCGCAAGCAGAAGCAGAACACAAAUGAACAUGCUCAAGGAGUAUCCCAUUUUCUGGAUAAAUUGAAUACAUUUGCUAGUUGCUCCUUUAUACUAGCAGUUUCUUUGUAUCCCUUUGCUGGCAAGGGAAUACAAGGAGUCAAGGCCACUGAUCAGAACACCCCACAUUUGAGUGGAGUCUUAUUUCUACUCCAAGAGCAGUUAUUCCCCCAAAUCCGAAAUUGGCCAUUUUUCUUUUUUUAAAUGAGAUUUUAAAAAUAUCCUCAAACCAGUGGAACAUAGACACUGGCUGCACUUAGUACUGCCAAAAGCCAAGGUCAUUUGCAUAUAUUCCAUCAAUCUGUCGAGAAUUAGGCCUCACUUUAUAACCCAAGGCAUGGAAGUGCAUGCAUUCUCUUAGCUGGGCAAACAAUUAUACUGUAGUUGUGAUACAACACAUGUGGCUUUUAUUUGUACUGCACAUAUCCACUGUACAGCCACUUGGGAGUAUCGUGGUUAGCUCGCAGCCGCUGCUGUCUGCAUUUAUACUGUUUAUUGCAUAUUCUUUUCCCUGGAAAUGAAAGAGAAAUGUUUUUCUUGUUGCAUUGAUUACAUUUUAUAAAUUUGCUUAGCUGGAAAGUUUGGGAAAAGAGGCCUGUUUGUCAAUUGUACAACCGAUUGUGAAGCUCUAGUGUGAAUAUUUUUACGUCUGUAUUAGACAUUUUCUUUGCAAAUCUAUUGUUCGAUUGAAAUGUAAAUGAAAUUAAAGAUGGUGUACACCCAUCAUGUAAAAAGCAGGCACCAUCUCUAAGAUGGAUUUAAUGCUCAUUUUUAAGGCAUAUACUCAGCUUCUAUUUAAAACUAUAAUUUAAAAUAAUUCUGUACAAUGAAAUGGGGAAUAUAUAUGGGAAUAAAUUCUAUUCCAUUUAUUUCAAUUUGAAUUUCCAAAUUGUAAUGUUUCCCUUUGUGCUAUAGGAAUAGGAUUAAAUGGGGGAAGGCUAGGACUUCUAAGGCCUGUAUAUGGGGGGAGGGCAGAGAUGGAACAAUGAGGGUUGUGAUGAUAGUGAAUAGCAAAGAGUGAAUUCUGUGUGUUUUUGCUGUAGCACUGAAGUGAAGAGAUAUUAGCUUUGGCUGUUCACAGAAUAGAGCAUCAUGAUUUUCAGUGUUUGAGAGAAAAUUGAUGGAAAAAGUUUGCAGUACUUGACAUGUAUUUGCAUGCACAAAAUAAAAUUAUUUGUCCACCUUAAAA